UUCUGGUGCCUCUGUGUUUCUGUGAAGUCUGUCUGAAUUUUUAGGACAUGAGGUUAAUCUCCUUCCCUUUGAAAGCUCUCUGUGAAAAUGUUUUAUUCAGUUCUGUGAGUGAUGUCGCUGCCACUCACUCCACGGGGAUGAUGCAUUCAAGACCAACCAGCCUGGACCACACCGAGACCUUGUCUGCAAAAUAAAAAAGGCAAAAAAGAAUGAAUUAUUCAUUGCUCAGGGUCUGAGAAUUUCCCUACAUUUUCAGUGAGACCUUUUUAGAGCAGUGGAUGGUGGGAUUCUAUGCUUGAUUACUCACGUGCUAUAUCCAUGUAGUUGGCCCGUUUUUCUUAGGGUUCUCCAAUACUGAAAUACCUGUGCUAAAGGCUGGUGUGUGUUUUGUAAGGCCUAGCGUGUUAUUUAAGCGUACUGAGGUUGGUGGCUGGAGAUACCACUGAGGCCCAUCCUCCUCCCCUGCACAGGUCGGUUUUUGUUUGUUUGUUUGUUUUUGUUUUUUGAGACAGGGCUUCUCUGUGUAGCCUUGGCUGUUCUGGAACUCUCUCUGUAGUCCAGGCUGGUCUCUAACUCACAGAGAUCCGCCUGCCUCUGCUUCCCGAGUGCUGGGAUCGAAGUCUUGCGACAGCAGGCCUGGCCCAUUGGUUGUGACAUUUGGAUCAGCUGCUUCGUCUCUUGGGGAAUUUUCACAAAUACAAGGGCUGGGGCUGUAGCUCAGCGACAGAGCUCGUGCAGGCCUGUGAGCUCUCUCUUUUCAGGGCUGCAGAGCAAACACACGCCAGGAAAGCGCAUUCUUUCUUCUAAAACUCACUUUUAUGUGUGUGUUUACAUGUAUGUGCGCCACCUACAAGUGUCCGGGAGGAUCUGGAGUAACAAGUAGGUUGUGAGGACCAUGUGGGUGCUGAGGAUCGAACUUAGGUCCCUGGAAGAGCAACCAAUGCUCUUAACCCCUGAGCCAACACGCCCGGUCUUCUAGGUGACCCCAGAGCAUCCUGAAGUCUCACUGCCACAUUUUGCUGCUGAUUGCCCUGUAGUUUGGAGGAGGACAUAAAGGACUCUCUAGCUCUGACCGGCUUCUCCAGGGCGUGAUCCUUGACGAAGGACAAGCCAGUUCUUGCAAUUCUAGAACCAUGGCUCAUAGUGAGGUGAUGUUCAGAGACGUGGCUGUGGACUUUUCUCAGGAGGAGUGGGAAUGCCUGAAUUCUCACGAGCGGGACCUGUACAAAGAUGUGAUGUUAGAGAACUACAGCCACCUGGUGUCCCUGGCAGGAUGCUCCAUUUCUAAGCCAGAUGUGAUCACCCUGUUGGAACAAGGGAAAGAGCCCUGGAUGGUUGUGAGGGAGGAGAAGAGAAGGUGGAGCCAAGAUCUGGAAUCUAGGUAUAGCAGUAAGGUGUUAUUUCAAGAAAAUAGUACUCAUGAAAUCAAUUUAUCUCCAUGGGAAAUAAUGCGAAGAAUUAAAAGGCAUGGCCUCGAAGACUCCUUUUAUGGGGAAGAAUUUGAAUAUAAAAUGUUUGAAGAGCAAGAGAGUUCUCAUAGAGUAUAUUCCAGGCAAAUGACAAAACCCACCCCUGGAAAAAGACCUCUGUACCGAAAACGGUCAUCUGUUGGUCUCUAUCAGAAAAAAAGCAGAGAAAAGCCCUACCGGUGUGGGGAGUGUGGAAAGGCUUUCAGAGUUCGCCAGCAGCUUACUUUCCAUCAGAGAAUCCACACCGGUGAGAAACCCUACGAAUGUAAAGAAUGCGGAAAAGCCUUCCGACAGUGCGCCCACCUCAGCCGACACCAGAGGAUUCACACAUCUGACAAGCUCUACGAAUGCAAGAAGUGCACAGAGAUCUUCACGUGCAGCUCAGACCUCCGCGGACACCAGAAAAGUCAAGUCGGCGAGAAGCCGUAUGAGUGUCGAGAGUGCGGGAAGGCCUUCCGCGUGCGGGGGCAGCUUAGUCUCCACCAGAGGAUCCACACGGGCGAGAAGCCCUACGAGUGCAGGCAGUGCGGGAAGACCUUCCGCCAGUACGCGCACCUUACCCGGCACCAGAGGCUCAGCAGUGCCGGCACCAGCUACAGGUGCGACGAGUGUGGCCAGACUUUCCUGUGCAGCACGGGCCUGCGGCUGCAUCACAAACUGCACACGGGAGAGAAGCCGUACAGCUGUGCGGAGUGUGGGAAAGCCUUCCGCGUGCGACAGCAGCUCACCUUGCACGAGCGGAUCCACACGGGCGAGAAGCCCUUUGACUGCAACGAGUGCGGGAAGAGCUUCAGCCGCGGCUACCAUCUGACGCUCCACCAGAGGAUCCACACCGGGGAGAAGCCGUACGAGUGUAAGGAGUGCCGGAAGUUCUUCCGCCGGUACUCGGAGCUCAUCUCCCACCAGGGUAUUCACGUCGGGGAGAAGCCGUACGACUGCAAGGAAUGCGGGAAGGCCUUUCGGCUCUUCUCCCAGCUGACGCAACACCAGAGUAUCCAUUUUGGUGAGAAGCCGUACAAAUGUUUGGAGUGUGAGAAAACUUUCCGACUGCUCUCGCAGCUUACUCAACAUCAGAGCAUCCACACGGGGGAGAAACCGUACGACUGCCAGGAGUGCGGGAAAGCCUUUCGGCUCCACUCGUCACUAAUCCAGCAUCAGAGAAUCCAUUCUGGCGAGAAACCGUACAAAUGCACCGAGUGUAAGAAGGCCUUCAGACAGCACUCGCACCUCACCUACCACCAGCGAAUUCACAAGAAUUCUUAGGCAUCCUUUGAAGAACCCUUCCGUUGCAAAUAUGAUAGGGGGCAUUAGAAAAUUCUAGAAGAAAAGGGUUUUAAUCCUUUUUUUCUUCUUGCACACAAGUGAAGGCAUGAAAAGUUUCAAUCAGAGGAAAAAGGUGUUAAAUUUUAGGAACUUCUCUCUAGAAUGGCGCUUCACAGAAGGAGUGAAUGCCUGUACCGUACACCUAAGGGCAUAGCCGGGGCACCAAUUCAUCUUGAAAAUUAAUAAAUAAAAAGAACUUCUGUAUAAACCAUGUCUCAAAGCUACUGAAAGUUGUUGAGGUACAGUUCUUAAUUAGAGAUUUUCAGCAGACUCAGGCAGAACAUAGCAAAGUGACCUAGAGCAGUGGUUCUCCACCUGUGGGUCACAACCCCUUUGGAGGUCGAGCAGCCCUUUCACAGGGGUCACCUAAGACCAUUGGAAAACAGGUAUUCAUAAUCCAUAACAGUAGCAAAAUCACAGUUAUGAAGUAGCAAUGAAAAUAAUUUAUGGUUAUGAUGGUAUUAAAGGUCGCAGCAUCAGGACAGAAGCUCUAGUGGUAAAGGCCAUUGAGUGGUAGACUGGCUUGAACUGGGUAGUGAAUAGGUCAGGCUGUUCCAGCGUGACAGCUACAACAACGACACCUUGCUGAGCGCUGAACCUCUAAACCAUACAGCCCUAACUGCCAGUUUAGAGAAAGGAAGGAAGGGGACAGAUUUCCUGGUAAAACAAGAAGCAAAGAACAGGGUUUCUCUGUAGUGUUGGGGCCUGUCCUGGAACUUGCUCUGUGGACCAGGCUGGCCUUGAACUCACAGUGAUCUACCUGCCUCUUGCCCCCCUCUCCCAGUGCUAAGGAUUAGAAGCCUGCAUCACCACCACUCGGCUCUACUUGGCUCAACCAGCAAAGUGACAUUAGAAAAAGAGGUAGCACUUUUUGAAUAUUGAAAAAGACUUGAAAGACAUAGGUCAGACACACUGAGAAUUCUUAGAUCAUGAGUUGAGCAAAUGUGUAAACAAGACAGGAAGUCUGCAGGGGAAAGCAGUGCCCUGAACUCAAUCUGGAAGUUCAUGGACUAGACCCACGUGAUUUGAUAUGGUGUCACUAGCAACUUCAAGUCGAGGUAUGUGGCCCCUCCAAAUUAUAACAAGAUUUAGUGUAAAAUACAAGACUUUGAAGUCUUAGUUCCUGGCUGCUCAGGAUGAACUCGGGGAUGAGGCAAGCAUGCUGUGAUGUCAGCUCGGGGCAGGAGGGGGGAGUGAGGAUGGACGGAUCCUGGAGUUUGCUGGCUAACCAGUCUAGCUGGACCCAGAUAGUGAGAGACCCUGCUCAAAAAGUAAGGUAGACCUGGCUAAUGCCGAGUCCCCUCUGACCUCUCGCACAGGCGCAUGACACAGAGACAUGCACACACAAGAACCUCCGUCCUGGGAAACAGGCAGGUGAAUCUGAGUUCAAGCCAACCUAGUCUACAUAACAAGUUCCAGGCCAGCCAGGGCUACACAGUGAGACCACCAACAACAAUUAAAAACAUUUAAGUAAAAAGA